AUGGCUGACUUGCCAAAAGAACGCAUCCAGAGCUCGCGCGCCUUUGUCGUAACAGGCGUAGACUACUGUGGACCAUUUUAUUACAAACCCGAAACGCGUAACAAAGCACCUCAAAAAUGCUACGUGAGCGUCUUCAUUUGCUUCGCCACAAAGGCUGUAUGGAUGGAACUAGUAAAGGAUCUCUCAACCGGCUCUUUUCUUGAUGCACUCAAGCGCUUUAUAGCUACUCGUGGUAUACCAAGUUGCAUCUGGUCAGACAACGCUACAAACUUUGUUGGCGCCAAGAACGAGCUGAAAGAUUUACGCGAACUAUUCCUUAGUGAAAAUCAUAACAAACAGAUUCACGCAUACUGUCUCGAUAAUGGAAUUGACUGGCGGUUUAUACCCCCUCGAUCGCUACACUUUGGUGGCCUUUGGGAGGCAGCAGUAAAAAUGGCAAAAAGCACUUCUAUCGUUCUGUUGGCGCAUCGCUUCUAG